AGACUCUCACGUGCUGAGCUCUUAACGCAGCGCUUGUGUAACUGUGCUGCUGGCUUUACAGCAUUUCCAGUCCACACCAAGUCUUACGGGCUCGCUUGCUUUCUCCACACUGCAACAACAAACAUCCCUCAUACUGGACUAAACAGCUGGGAUAUGGAGGUAAAACAGCGAGAGUCGACUAGACAGAAAAGAAGAAAACCGUCAUCCUAGAGUGCUAAAGGACAAAACAAGAGACAAGAGCAAAAAAAAUAAAGAACUAGAAAGCGAUAAGGUUAUCUGACGUUCCAGAAGUGCUCUUAGUCCUCUUUGUCUAGUAAGAAGAAGAAGAAAAAGAGGAAAAAGUUGACGGUCUCAUUUGUUUAUUUGACUUCAGGAGCUAAACCAGAAACACUUUGCAAACUCAGUGGUGGAAAAUGGGGGAGCAGCCUCUCUUUAGCACAAAGGCACACGUCUUCCAGAUUGAUCCGGCCACUAAGCGAAACUGGAUUCCUGCCAGCAAGCAUGCCGUCACUGUGUCAUUCUACUAUGACGCCAGCAGGACUGUGUAUCGCAUCAUCAGUGUAGGCGGCACAAAGGCAAUUAUAAACAGCACCAUAACACCUAACAUGACCUUCACGAAGACUUCACAGAAAUUUGGGCAGUGGGCAGACAGCAGGGCAAACACUGUGUAUGGAUUAGGCUUCACUACAGAGCAGCAUCUUCAACAGUUCUCAGAACAGUUCAAAGAAGUCAAGGAAGCUGCACGUCUCAUGAGAGAGAAAUCACAAGAGAAGUUUGAGCUGAUCGGUCCUGGUUUAAACAUGGCUCCUCUACAGGCUCUGUCUGAAGAUCGCCACUCUCCAACAGCGCUUGUGUGUGUAAAUGGCUCUGGGGAGGACAAGCUGUUUCGCAGCAAGAGCGCAGACCUCGAACUGGCCUCGAAGAAGGAGUGUGUUAAAAAGAUCCCCUCGGAAGGAUCGAUAUGUGAGACAAACAUGGAGACCGAGCUAUUCACUCUGAGGGAGCGCAACGCUAAGCUUGUCACGGCGCUCCGUGAAGCCAACAGCAGUAUUGAACAGUGGAAGAGUCAGCUUGCUGAGUAUCAGCAGGAGACGCACAGACUCCGAGACCAGGUGGCCGAGCUGGAAGAGCAGAGUGGACAUACUGCUUCAUGUGAGAACAGGAACGAGGAUCUCUACCAGUCUGUAGAAGAUAUGGAGGCCCUUCUAAAGGCUAAAGAUGAAGAAAUUAACAAGCUACAGGGCAGGAAAUCAGAUUUCCAGGAUUUGGAGAAGGAGAGGGAGGAGAUUAAUAAAAGAAUGCAGGAGCUGGAGCAGAGGAACUUUGAGCUGGAACAGCAAGUGCAGAAAGCAGAGCAGAAUUUGGCGUCUUCGCUGGACGCACGGCAGCAGGCGGAGAGUGAAGUGCGGAAAGUCAUCGAAGUGCUGGAUGUCAAGAUUUUUGAUCUAAACAGCUUGAGACAGAGCCUGGCCAACUUUCUAGAUAAAUAGCAGCCAUCACCUCAAGCAUCAGACUGCUGAAUCAUACAGGCAUGUAGAGAAGAAGCAUGCCACUUAAUUCCUCUUAAACAUACGUCAGCUACAGUGGUAUACCUAACUUUCUUAAUCUCAGAAGAAAAUUGGUAAAGUUGCAUUGCACUUGGUCACUAAGAUUUAGAGGCAGACCCAUGUGCAUAGUAGAAUAAGACUGGGAUUUUAUCCUUCACCAUUUCCGUUAUUCUUGUAAAAAGCAUGUUAUUUGUUACUGCAUUUUUCCCUGAUGUUUUCCCUGCCUCCAGUCUCUUCAUGUCCUGAUAGAUCAACACCCCCCAUGACUUAUUAUUUUCCAUAAAACAGCACAUGAGGAUAUACAAAAUUGGACUGGAAAGUGAAGUGAAAGAUCAGCUCUAUAUUCAACAAUCAUCCUAAAAGGUACAAGCAAGAUGAGUGUGUUGUAGGCUGUACGAGUCAGCUAAAAGAUUCCUGUGUUUCUCUGAUUGCAGAAUAUUUCUUGAGUGCUUCAUCUAAGUGUGCACAUAGGCUGUUCUUUCCAUUUAAAAGCACAGUGUAAUUAAUGGGAGUUCACAACUUGGGGGUUAAAAGUCUUGCAUUAAGUAGUAAAAUGUGCAUAACUGGGAUUAAACUAAAGGUAUUAGGGAUUAAUUUAGAUCUCUUUAAAAAAUUGUAAUAAUAUGUAAUAGUAUGUAUAUUACUGAUAUGAUUUGUGUAUUAUAAACCAUUGAAUGAUUCAAAGGACAUGUAGUCACAGAAACACUAGUACUCUAUAUAAAGUUGAACUUGUAGCAAAAAUUAAUGUUAUGGAAAUAUUAGAUACCUCUGCCAGAGUUUCAGACUUGGCCAUUGAUAGAGCUUUCAACAAGAUGAUGAAACACUAAGCCAUUAGUUUACAGAACCAUCGCCGUUAACUUACCGCUGUCAUCAUUAUAAAGGCUGCUUUUCUUUUGACUUUGUAGAUCUAUAUAUUUAACUGACAUGAAGCUGAUACUCAAUUAUUGUUCAUAUAAUCUACUCUAUUGCAUAUACACUAUAUGGCCACAAGUCUGUGGACACCUGACCAUCACAUUCAUAUGUGGUUCUUUCCCAAACUUUUGCCACAAAGUUGAAAGCACACAAUUGUAUAGGAUGUCUUUGUAUGCUAUAUCAUUACAGUUUCCCUUCACUGGAACUAAGAGAUCCAAAAAUGUUCCAGCAUGACAAUGCCCCUGUGCACAAAGCACGGUAUAUAAGGACAUGGUUUGCCAAAUUUGGUGUGCGAGAACUCAAGUGACCUGCACAGAGCUCUGACCUCAAACUCCCUGAACACCUUUGGAAUGAACUGGAACACUGACUGAACCCCAGACCUCCUCACUGAUCUCACUAAUGCCCUAGUGGCUGAAUGAGCACAAAUCCCCACAGCCAUGCUCCAAAAUCUAGUGGAAAGCCUUCCCAGAAGAGUGGAGAUUAUUAUAACAGCAAAUGAGGGACUAAAUCAGGAAUGGGAUGUUCAACAAGCACAUAGGGGUGCGAUGGUCAGGUGUCCACAUACUUUUAGCCAUAUAGUAUACAUGUUUGACUGUGGGAUAUUGGGACAGCUCGGACAUCUAGAAAAGAUGAUUUAGAGAAAGUGGAGAGUUCCUGUGAACUGGAUUGUUUCAAUGCUUAUUUAUAGUACUUUAGAUUACAUCUGAUUCUUAACACUUCCUUUACUUUUGGGAGGAAUAACUGACAUAUCACUGCUUACCCUUUACAAUUCUUUGAAGAAUAUGCUGUCACUCCUCAAGGACUUUAAACUAACUUCCUGCUUCAGCUGUGAACUCAUAAAAUUAAUGUUUAUGUGUCAUAUUGUGUAUUUGGAUAAAAAGAUGCUAUUUCUACUAACAUCAGUUAAGCAGAGCGAUUAAAAAUGUGCUGAGGUUCAGACUUACAGCUGCGCACCAGCUCUGGUUCCUCACCAAGCAAACUAUUAAUGUUGAUCAUUUUUGGUAUUACCAUUCCUUCCUGAGCAGCUCUUUGCUCUCCAUUCACAGUAACUUUUUGCAUAAAUGCUAUUUUUCUAAUGCUUGAAUGUGAGAAAUGUUGUCAUUUUUUAAUGGUUUACAAUAAAAGGUACUGCCUUA